AUGGAGGUCUCCUCAGGAAACUUUGGGAUCCGAGGACAAGUGUCACGUGAUGAAGACUCUGAGAUAACAUGUCAAGGAUUUCGUGGACAACAUGUUGAGGACUCUGAGGUGCCUUUAGUGCUAAGGACACAUGUCACUCACAGGAAGCUUUUAGGUGCCUUUAUCGCCGAGAUGACAUGUCAUGUGGAUAUUGCUAUGAGAACUCCGCGGACAACAUGUCAAAGACUCCACGAACAACAUGUUGUGGACUCUGAGGUGCCUUUAGUGCCGAGGACACGUGUCACUCGCNGCGCCUUUAGUGCUGAGGAUACAUGUCACUCACAGGAAGCUUUCAGGUGCCUUUAUCGCCGAGAUGACAUGUCAUGUGGAUAUUGCUCCGAGAACUCCGCGGACAACAUGUCAAAGACUCCACGAACAACAUGUUGUGGACUCUGA